AUGAGUCCAGAGAAAUUCAAUUCAGAUGGCCAAGAAUAUGAUGUUUUUCUUGGAGAUGUAUGGAGUCUUGGUUUAACAUUGAUGGAGCUGUACAUUGGACAUUAUCCUUACGUUCAACCCGGGCAAAAGGAGGCCGAUAAUACGGCAUUGAUGUGGGAAAUAUGCUUCGAAGAGCCUCCGUGCAUGCCUAAGGAUGCAUCCGAAGAUUUUAAGGAUUUUAUCGAGUGUUGUCUGCGAAAGGAUUGGACGGAAAGAUGGACAGUCGAGAGGUUGUUAUCGCAUCCAUUCAUAAUAAGCGCAAGACAGAAGGACGUCGGACUUGGAAGUACUAUCGGAACAAAAAAGGACAAUUCAGUGCUUAGCGAUUCUUUCUCUGUCAGAAGGAUAAAGAUAUAUGCACAGUACAACGAGGUUGAACUUUCCGCUCUUGGGAUGGCUAUUUCAACAGUUGUGAGUGUGGCCGAAAUUCUGAAGAAUAAUGGAUUUGCAAUUGAGAAAAAGAUAAUGAAGUCUACUGUUGAGAUUAAAGAUGAAAUGAGAGGACGGAUAAUCACAAAAGCAAAACUUGAGAUAAUGCCGGGGAAGACGGAUAAAUUUGAGGAAUUGAUGGCAGCUGCGGCAGAGGCGAGAGCUGGUGAUGAUGAUGGACAGGGUUAA